AUGGCUAUGUUGACACGCUUCAGCUUCAGCCUGCUUUCAAACACUUUUUACUUGGGUUGGCUGAAAUGUGCACAAGUGGUUCUGAAUCCAUUUGGUCUUGAUGAUGACGAUUUUGAGGCUUGCGCAUUAAUUGACAUGUACCAGCGAUCGCUGGCAGCAAUUCUGACCAGACCGGAGACGAUGCAGCCAAUUGGACGACACGUUUCGUCGAUUGCCACAACUGUAGGCAGACGAUAG